GUUUCGGAAUUCGGAGUUGCUGGAGAUCAGCAUAGAGCACUGCCGUUUUCUGUCAUAAGACAAUGCGUUCGAUGCUGUGGGAGCGAAGAGGAGAGUGAGAGAAGACGACUCCCAAAGAACACAACACAAACAAUGUUGGGGUUGAAGAUGAGGCGACUCAUAACCCAAUCUUCAUUGAUCAGGGCUUCGAUGGUUGUCUCCCCACACGCGAGUCAACUGGACAAGCUCCACCUACUUCCUCCGCAGCAUUUGGCUCGGAUGGCUUCUAAUCGUUUCCUCGAUAUCUAUCAGUUGGCGAGCAAGGCAGCCAUCGAGAAGGAGCGUGCUCGAAUUGCAGAUGAGAUGAGUAGGGGAUACUUUGCUGAUAUGGCUGAGCUUAAAAAGCACGGUGGCAAGAUUGCUAUAGCAAAUAAAGUGAUCAUUCCUGCAAUGGUAGCUGUGAAGUUUCCUGAUCUGGAAGUGAUUGAGAGAGACGGUAGGGCAGCAAAGCUUCCCUUUCGUCAAUGUGAAAAUGUUGUUGAUGCUGACCAAGCAACAGUCCCCAAGGCAUCUUUGCUUUGUCUUUCAUUUCGAGCAAGCUCUCAGGCAAUGAUCAAUUCUUGGAGCUUGCCAUUUAUUGAAGCAUUUAGUAAAUCAGAAAAUGUCCAUGUCCGUGAGGUGUCAUUUAUAGACUCUUGGCUCUUAAGCCGAAAUCCUAUCAAGCGUUUGCUUCUUUGGUAUAUAAGGAAAUCUAAUCGUGAUGAAAGCAAGGAUACACUUCAGAAGAAGACAGUGUACUCAUUUGGUGAUCAUUAUUACUUCAGAAAAGAACUGAAGAUACUGAAUCUCCUUACAGGGUACAUCUUUCUACUUGAUAAAUUUGGUAGAAUAAGAUGGCAAGGCUUUGGAAUGGCAUCAGAAAAUGAGCUAGCUUCCCUUCUUUCUUGCACAUCAGCCCUUCUUGAAGAGGAAUCAGAUGUCGGACAAUGCCAAAAGCAGCAAAGGGCAAAAACUACAAAAUGUGAAGUUCAUCUUGAAAAAGAAUCGGAUACAAGCUCUCCUCGAUCUUUGGCUGCUAACUAACUAGCCUGAAGUUCCAGUGUGGGGACUUAUUUAUGUACCCCUUCUUAUCUUGGUUGCUUCUAUGUAAAUUUUUCAAAACUUGGGUUCUUUCUUUUUUUUUUCCCCCCCAACUUCUCUUCCUGUUUACUCUUUGGUAAGAUUUUAAUCUGCAUUAGAAGAGAUUUUAGGCACUACAAGUGAUUUUUAUGGGAUUUUUUUCCAUUUGACCAAAAUUGUAACCCAAGGGAAUCUCCGGAUUGGAAUAAUUAUAUCCUUUGAGUUUUGGGUUGCUUGAGCUCAAAGAUAAAUGCAAAAUUACAUUUUAAGUUGCUUACCA